GCCCGCCUGGGCUGGGUGGAGCCUGGCCCGCUGCCCCAGACGGGGUGCUGGUCUGGCCACUCCGCUGACCACCCACUGGCUAGGCUCCGGGGCGGGGCUCUGGCUCCGCCCCCGGCCCGGAGUCCUCGACUGCCCCGGGAAACCGGGCUGAGAGCUCUCGGCUUUGGCGGGGCCUGGGGCCAUGGAGCCCGCUGGGGCGGCUCGGCCCAGGCCGGAGCUCGUGUACCAGCUGGCCGGGGCCCUGGGUACCGAGCUCCAGAGGCUUGCCAGCCGCUUCGGGUCGGGGGCGGCCGCGGGGCUGAUGCCCCAUGUGGUACGGGCGCUGGAGCUGCUGGAGGGGGCGGCGGCGGGGGCGCCCCGCGGGCCUGAGGAGGAGGCGGAGGAGUCGCAGGGGCCUGAGCAGCGGGAUGAGUGGCUGCCAGGAGGCGGAACGGGCGGGAAGGGGAGCGCAGCGCCUCCGCCAGACGAGCGGCUCCUGCUGAGGCAGUUGAAGCAAUUGACCGACCGGCAGCGGGACCAGCUCCGUGCGCAGAGCCGGGACCUGCAGCUCCGGGGCCAGGAGGUGGAGGCGUUGCAGGAGCAGCUGCAGCGACUCCUGCGGGUCAACGGGGAGCUCCGGUGCAAGCUGGCCGCUGUACAGGUCCAGUUGCGGGCCGCGCAGCAAAGGGCAGCGGAGGCGGAGGAGGCUCCUGCUCCGGCCCUGACCCGAGAGGCGCCCGAGGGCACCGUGAGUGGUAGGGCAGCCCCUGGGCCCCGUGGGCGUGCUGGGGGGUGGGAGUUAGCCUUCCCAAUCUAGAGAA